UUUCUCAUCGUAUGGACAGUCUUGCUCUCUAGCAUCCUUUUGGAGUGUUUUGAUCUUCCACUAGUUUCUGUCUGCAGCAACACUGAAGGGUAGAGCUGGCUGCUGUUGCUCACUGCUCGUCUGUUUCACGGACGCUGCCCUUUUCGUCGCAAGCUCGUGUGUUGAGGUGACUUUUUUCAAGCCAUGACUUCUCUGAUCAUGACUGCCGGAGUCGACCAAAAGGAUGGAGGCAGUGCAGGCUUUGACCUCAUCCACAACCGCAUCGAGUCUCUCAGCAGUAAGAUGGACAAGCUCAUCCACAUCCAGGAAAAGGUCCUCACUCGACUGGAUGGCAUGUCCCAAGAUAUCGACGACAUAGAGAACGAUAUGGAGAAUCUCAAAGUCGACCAUGAGGAGAUCCAUCUUCCACCACGCAUGGUGAGCCAGACCCAGGUCGUGGGGAAGGAAGUGAAGAAGAUUUGUCAGGAAAUGAGCAACGUCAUGUCUGCGGUGAACCAGCGCUCGGAGAUGCAAGCGGAGAAGCUGGAGGGGAUGGAGAAGCUGGUCCUCAGCAUGCAGCAGGUCAUCAGCUUCAUCGGGGAGACCGUCAAGAGUUCUCGGGUGAUGGAGCUCAUGUUCAAAGGCCCUGCAUCCAGGAAGUCCUCCAAACCCAAAGACAGUAAAGGAAAACAAGCAAUAAAGAGGCGCGCAUCCGGGGAAACAGUCACCAAGCAGCUUGAGAAGAUGAGAGACCACAAAAACAAAGAUGAAACAGGAAACGCCAAUUUGAGCCCAAAGUUUCACAGCGCUCAGAAGUCCAAAACUCCGAUCCCUUCAGAGCUAGCCUCCUCAAAGAAACAAGCACUGCUUCUGGAGGAGGUGCACAAACUGAACCAGGAGAACACAGAGAAGUCAAGUCAACAGUUUAGACCUGCAAGUCUGGACCUGGAGGCCGGAGUGUCGUCAGAGGGACAAGAAGAAGAACAACCUGGUCCUGAUUUGGACGAGCACAAGCAGGAUUCCAGCGCUUCCAAGGACGCAGAGGAUGAACUUGUGGAGGAGGACGCUGAUGAGGACGUAGUGAAAGAAGCUGAAGCUGUGACACAGGAAGUCACAAAGGAAGCGCAGGUGAAGCUGGAAAUUCAAGAUGAUGCCUCCACAGCCGAAGGCCAAAGCAGAAGCUCAGAGUCGCCUGCUGCUCCUGAGGACCAGAGAGGAGACACCGUCUCAAGCGCUCAAGACGAAAGUGACUCUUCCCCAGUCCAAGCUGAGCAGGUGUCCGAGGUCGAGUCUUUUGUGACGGAGGAACACUAUAACAUUAAGGCAGAAGAGGUGGAGAAGAGGGAGGAUGAGGAUGAAGAGAAGCUGGAGUCUGAAGGCUGGGCUGUCUUCCGGGCCGACGGAGUGGAACUGGAGUUUGACCUCAAACAGAAGGUGGAGCGGCGAAGACAGGAGUUUGACAAGUCGGAGACGCUUGAAGAUGAUGACGCCGAGCGCUAUUUUAUCGACACCACUCCUCCUCCAACGGCUCCUUUCAACCACCGCAUCGUGUCGGCCAAGCCCAACCAAAUCAGCAACUUCUACACCAUCAACUGGCAGGAGGUCCUGGGCGGGGGUCGUUUUGGUCAAGUGCACAAGUGUGUUGAAAACUCCUCAGGCCUGACUUUGGCAGCAAAGGUCAUCAAAGCCAGAGGUCAGAAGGAGAAGGAGGUGGUGAAGAAUGAGAUCCAAGUCAUGAAUAAUCUGGACCACGCCAACCUGAUCCAGCUCUAUGCAGCUUAUGAGUCAAGAAAUGACAUCAUCCUUGUACUUGAGUACGUUGGAGGAGGGGAGCUGUUUGACCGCAUCAUCGAUGAGAACUACACCCUGAUGGAGCUGGACGCCGUGGUCUUCAUACGGCAGAUCUGCGAGGGUCUGCAGCACAUGCAUAAGAUGUACAUCCUCCACCUGGACCUCAAGCCGGAGAACAUUCUGUGUGUCAGCAGAGUCACCAAUAAAAUCAAAAUCAUUGAUUUUGGUCUGGCCAGAAUAUACAAACCCAGGGAGAAGCUGCGAGUGAACUUUGGCACCCCGGAGUUUCUCGCCCCUGAGGUGAUCAACUAUGACUUUGUGUCCUUCAACACGGACAUGUGGAGCCUGGGUGUCAUCACCUACAUGCUCCUGAGCGGCCUCAGUCCUUUCCUGGGCGACGAUGACAACCAGACUCUCAACAACAUCCUGGCCUGUCAGUGGAACUUCAAUGAGCCGGAGUUUAUGGAUACAUCCGAAGAGGCCAAAGAUUUCAUCUCCAGACUUCUGCUUGUCAACAGGAAUUGGAGGAUCGGCGCUUCUGAGGCUUUGAGGCAUCCCUGGCUGUCUGAUCCCACUCUUCACCACAGACUUCAUACCAAGAAAACGAUGUGCCGCUCCCGGAGGUCAUCCUGCGUCCCCACUGCAGACAGCUGAGUUGCAGCAUGUCAUCCCCAAAGCACCCAGCAGGGCGAAGCAAAUCUCAAAUAAUGCACCUCCCGUGUCCAGCGAGUUGUGUUCCGGCCUGCACCUUCACCUUCUUGGCUCCAGCCUCUGGGACCAACACCAUCCUUGAAAAGAAGUUGGCUUUUCAGUCCCAUGACCCGUGACCAGCCCUUGUUGUGUCAUAGUGAGCCGUGAAUACAAGUGACUCUCUACCUGUUCCGCGAGCACCCGACCAGUUCACCUCAAGAAUGCCUUUGCUUGUUGAUGCAAUUGAACACAAGUAUUGAUGAAGGAGCGAAGGCAGCGCUGUAGCGACGGACUCGAACCGUCACUUGUCCUGCCCAGAGUCGCCCCCUGGCAGACGAAUAACCGCUGCGGCUCCUGUUUCUCCAAACUCAUUUCAUCCAAGGGAUUUAGCUCCUCAGGGGUUGCAGUGAUUCUGCCGUACGCCUCUUCACUCUUCACCCCACAGUGUUUGUCUCUGUAAAUACGUCGUAUUCGUGUGUGUGUGUGUGUGUGUGUGUGUAGGGAUCGCUGUCACCGUGGGCUGUGGAAUGUGCACUUUAAAACUUUUGUUUAUUUAUUAUUAAGCCACCACCACUCGACCGGGACGACUGAUUGUUGAACUUCUUUGCAUUCUGCUUCAGCCUUUUAUUUCACACAAAAUAUGUCUUAUCAGCCAAAUGUAAUGCUUUGUGAUAUAAACGCUGUCUCUUUCUUGCAUGUAUUUGUGGAAACACAUGCUUUUGUAAUGACACGAGCCCAGUGUAGACGCUUUCAUUUGAAAAUGCCUUCUGUGAAGGUCUCGUACCCACCGUAAACACCACCUACCUAUCUGCCUCUGCCUCUGUCAACAACCCUCAUGGAAGAUUUUCUUUCUCUCCGUUGCCCAAAUA